AUCGUCUAGUGUGGUGUCAGCCAUGAGCCACCUGCAAACUCUCUGUCUCUCAUUCUAUUGACAGCCUCUCAAAUCCUUUCCCUCUUCCAAGUCUCUGACACUUUGCCCGUAACCCAACUAUGUUUCCCACCUCCACAUUCUCUUCUCUUCACACCACCAAUGUCACCCCGACUCCCUCUCUCUCUUCUCUCUCAACCUCUUCCCUUUCUUCUUCUUCUUCUUCUUCUCCUUCUAGCUCUCUUUCUCUUCUACAAUCUUCUUGUAUCCCACGUCGUCAUCUCCGCUCGUUCUGCGCCUUCCGAGACACCCAGUUGAGGAUAGACCCGAAAUCCAAAGGACUGAAGGUGACUUGUUCCGUGGGCAGCGAGCCUUUGAAGGUGAUGAUAUCGGGUGCACCGGCAUCGGGCAAAGGAACUCAGUGUGAGUUGAUUGUCCAGAAGUUUGGAUUGGUGCACAUAUCAACUGGGGAUCUUUUAAGAGCUGAAGUAUCAUCUGGGACUGAAAUUGGGAAUAAAGCAAAAGAAUUCAUGAAUGCUGGCCGUUUAGUUCCAGAUGAAAUUGUGACGGCUAUGGUCAUGACAAGAUUAUCGCGUCAAGACGCAAAAGAAAAAGGGUGGCUUCUCGAUGGGUAUCCAAGGAGUUUUUCACAAGCACAAAGUCUGGAAGAACUGAAAAUCAGGCCAGAUGUUUAUAUCGUAUUAGAUGUUCCUGAUGAAAUUCUGAUCAACAGAUGCAUUGGUAGAAGGCUAGACCCUGUAACAGGGAAGAUUUAUCAUCUAAAAAACUUCCCUCCAGAGACUGAGGAAAUUAAAUCUAGACUUGUUAUUCGUCGUGACGAUACUGAGGAAAAAGUGAAGUCACGUCUAGAAAUAUACAAGAAAAAUGCAGAAGCAAUCUCAUCCACGUACUUGAACAUAGUGAACAAGAUUAAUGGAAACCGUCCAAAAGAAGAAAUUUUCAAAGAAAUAGAAUCUUUGCUUUUGCAAGUGCAGAAAGAUAGAGUAGAGAUGACAAAUCCAGGGAAUAUAAUACCUGAAAUUAAGAACCUGAAGAAUCAGGUAUAUGGAGGCCAGGAUUACUGGAGAGGAAUUCCUACUAAAUUGAAUAACAUUCCUCACUCAAGGGAAAUUAGGAAAUAUUUCUAUACCGAUGUGCUAGAAGCAACCCAAAGAGCUAUUAAUGAUGGAAGAACUCGACUAAAGGUGGAGAUCAAUAUUCCAGAGCUGAACCCAGAAAUGGAUGUUUAUCGAAUCGGUACUUUGAUGGAACUUGUUCGAGUUCUUGCCCUUUCGUUUGCUGAUGAUGGAAAACAUGUCAAGGUUUGUGUGCAAGGAUCUAUGGGGGAAGGUGCACUAGUUGGAAUGCCAUUGCAGCUUGCUGGUACUCGACAGAUCCUAGAGUUUAUGGAUUGGGGUGAUUAUGGUGCUAUGGGGAACUUUAUCAAGAUUGGUUCUGUAGGGUCCAAAGAGGUUGAUGAGCAAGAUGACAUUUUUGUCAUAGUGGCUCCUCAGAAUGCUGUUGGCAAUUGUAUUAUUGACGACCUAAAAGCUAUGACUGAUGCUGCUGGGAACCGGCCAGUUAUUCUUGUCAAUCCUAGGCUCAAGGAUUUACCUGGUUCCAGUGGUAUUAUGCAAACAAUGGGCCGGGACAAGAGAUUGGAGUAUGCUGCAUCAUUUGAGAAUUGCUAUUUCUUUCGGCUUCUCUAUUAUGCAGGAACCCAGUAUCCAAUUAUGGGUGCUCUUAGGAUGUCUUUCCCAUAUCGUUAUGAAUUGUAUAAGAGGGUUGAUGAACCAUCUGGAAAGGAGAAGUAUGUCAUCUUGUCUACAUUUCCUGAAAGGCCAGACACCGAUGAAGUUAAUGAUGCCUUCCUGGGAAAACCAAGAAACAAAACCAAGGAAGCCUCAGGAAUUUGGGGCUUCUUGAGUGGUAUAUUUUGAGUAGAAAGGUGGUGGUAUAUAUAUAUGUAUAUAUAUAUAUAUACAUAUAUAUAUGAUUGAAAAAUAUAUUGUGCUCUUAUACUACUUCCACUCAGUAAUUGUUGAGCUCCAUAUAUUUUGAUCGGAUCCUUGCAAAAUCUAGUUGUACAUUUGGUUUUAGAAAAAUGCUGUAGUAUUACUAGAAGCAUAAAUUACAUGUUCAUAUGA